GUGGAGAUCAUCAAAGUUUUGGGAACGCCAACCCGGGAGGAGCUAAUGGCCAUGAAUCCCAACUACACGGAGUUCAAAUUCCCUCAGAUCAAGCCACAUCCGUGGCACAAGGUCUUCAGGUCGCGCACCUCCCAAGAGGCAGUUGACUACAUCUCCAAGUUGCUGGUCUAUGACCCGAAGCUGCGGCCUUCGGGCUUGCACUGCUGCACACAUGCCCUAUUUGAUGACCUGCGCGACCCCAACACGCGAAUCAGCAGCUCCAAACCGCUCCCGGAGCACUUGUUUAUCUUCUCCAAGGAGGAGCUCGCCUUGAUGGAUUCAGAGAUGCAACGGAAGCUCAUCCCAGCGUGGUUUGCAGCCAAGGCAGAGAAAGGGGGUGACUCUAAAGCUGUGGCAGCAGCACCAUGAGAAAUCACGGCGUCGUGUACAGAACCGAGCUCGCCACACGUGCCCCCCAGCUUCUGCCCACCACCUCUGCCAAAGUAAACCAAGUAAGCAAGCAGUGCCAAGCGUGGGGACAGUGGGGGCAACUUCGGUCUCGCACUUGGGGCGCUCGAAGCACUUGUGCUAUGCAAAUUGUGUUUCCAGGGCUCCUGAAUGUUUCACCAAUUUUUGGCCACAGGAUAGGUUUGCAUCCGGUGGCCAUGAGGGUUGAUCAGAGUUGGUGG